AAAACAUAACGGAAAAACGAAAAAUCAGACUGGAAAAACGCCAAGCUUUGUGCUUUUCAUGAUUAAGCUUCCGGUUCGCAGAAUGGCAGAAUUGGAAAGCGUCGGAGCGUAUCGUAUAGGACUCAACGAGUCCUAUCGGUCUCUGCCGUCGGUCUACUUAGCCUUCAUGACAAUCUGGUUCGUCUCCGCCUGCUCCUGGACCUUCAACACCUACAAAAACCGCCAUCUCCAGACGAAUAAUUUGCAGUGGACGCUCGCUUCUGUUCCGCUGAUUAAAGCCUUGCAACUUACGUUGUCUUUCCUCUUCUGGUAUUCAUGCUUUCAUCUUCAAAUAUGCUCCCUGUGGAUGUCAUUUGGGAUGUAUGUAACUGGAGUGAUAUUUCAGACAGCUUCUUUUGUGUCUUUUUUACUCAUCUCCCAUGGUUACUGCAUCAUGUGUGAGCGCCUUUCAGUGACUGAGCGGCGUACUACUGCUUCCCUGGGCUGUGUCUUUUACUUGACUCUUGUCGGAUACAAAGCUUCUGUACCUUAUUUCUCUGUCUUGCUGCUGCUUAGCUAUUUCAUCUCGUUCUAUGUGAUAUUUCACCAUAUUUCGCAAAAUCUUUUAGUAUUGCGCCACCAAUUAAGCUUCAUAGAUGAUGAAGAUGUUCAUGCAAUGCAUGAUGCAGUCUAUACAAAGUACACCAUGUUCAAAAAGUUUCAAGGUGCAAUGCAGAUAGUAGCCGUGGCAGAGGCUGUGAUAUACAUUAACACGGAUGACUCAUCCGAAAAUUACUGGAUUCGCUUGUUAAUUCGAGAAUGGGCACAGUUCUGCAUCUUUGUUUACAUUGGGUGGACUUUUAGGUCAAGGGACUUGGCACCACGGUUUUCCGUUAUGCCAACAUUGAAAUCUAAACUAGUGGUGCCUCCCAUUUAUAGCAUUGAAAUGGAUGCAGAAACUUUCAGAGAUUUCACCAAGCAUGAAUGGCACAUUGGAGUGCCAACUUCACCAUCUUGCGAAGAAAGCGCUAAGGAUUCUGUCUUGGUAAUAAUUCAGCAUCCGCACGCAUAUAGAACAACUGCAGCCGGAAAAUCUUCUCACAUCCAAGACCAGAAGCCACUGUAGGCUGUAGCGCUUCAACGAUUCAACUACAGAUGUCAAAAACUUGACAUGCAAGUAACCGAUAGAGCAGUUCGAGUGUUCAAACAUCUUCUCGCUGUCGCUUUCGCUUUUUUGUUGGUGAGGCGAGCCAACGGCGUUUUUUUUCUCAAUUUUCAAAUGGAAUGCAAUUCCCGUGUAGAAAAGUCUGAAGUAGCCAAUAUAUACCUGUAAAUAAAUACAACCUACGAAUCGAAUUGUAUAAAUCAGACAAAUUAGAAAACAAAUGGUAUCUUCUUUGCUCUUUUAUAAUUUCUAUUGCUUUGCUA